AUGGUCGCCAUUUUCUUCGCCAUCUCUGGUUAUGUCAUUUGUCGCCAUAUUCUACGCCUCAUUCAUGAGCGCAAGCUUGAUUCCGCUUAUCAGAAGCUUGCGUCCUCGGUCUUUAGACGUAUCUUUCGCCUCUACAUUCCCCCCACUAUCAGCAUGUUCCUGGUGGCUGUGCUAGCUCAGGUUGGUGUCUUCAAAUCCGAGUUCUCCAUCUACAAGGGUCCCGACUCGCACUACAUCAACGCGACCAUCACCCACGCCGAUCUGGCUGUGAGCAACAUUUGCGUCAAUGGCACCGCUGUAAAAGGCGCAACAGGUAUCGCCAACUAUCUUGGCAUCGAGACAACCGCAUACCUCCGCAACACUACUGGCUACCCGUUGGGGAACGUGACUGAGUGGACUGACCAGCUUCUUUGUGUUAACCACACAACAAGAUCUUAUGGACCAUCCCAGCUCUACACUUUGGAAUCCGAAUAUGAGGCGCAAUUCCCCAGCAAUGACACCAACAGUACCGAAACCAUCAAGCCCGUCAAGCACAUGUCCGCCAUGGAACGACUGGCUUCACUCAGCUAUUAUGACGACGAUGACCUAGACUUGUCUCUCAAUGCCACCAAUGCCACAAACCCUCUCAACCUUACGUGGGUUCAGAUGGGAGGCUCCUGGGAAGAGCACCCAUUCAUCCACCCCAACCUGACAUACGCCAUGAAGAAUUUCACUCGAUCUUACGCCGAAUGGGCUAAUCCAUUCAACUUUGGUCACUACCACACUCGUUACGACCCCCACACUUUCACCAUCCCGAUGGAAUUCCGUGGUUCCAUGCUCAUCUACAUCUUCCUUCUCGGUACGGCCUUUAUGAAGGCUAAGUGGCGCGCGAGGAUUGGCAGCUUCCUCUCUGUCUACAGCUUGAUCAUCGGAAGAUGGGACAUGGCUACGUUCAUGGGCGGCAUGCUACUUUCGGAGCGUGAUAUUCGACGAUCAUCCGAUCUCCCACCGUCGGCUGCUGGAGCGAAAGGACGCGGAAGAGACUUCCAACGAACGACCAGGGGAACGGCGUUGAGAUGGGCUGGUAUCGUCUUGGCGCUUUACUUCCUUUCAUACCCCGAUUCUGGUGCUGAGUAUACUCCCGGUUUUGCAUAUCUUUCAACCUGGGUACCGAGGUACUACCACCCGCUCUCCGGCUGGAUGUUUUACCAGGCUCAGGGUGCGGUUCUCCUCGUCGCCUGCAUCUUGCGCAGUCCAGUCCUUGUUCGCUUGCUCGAGAGUCGCUUCCCACAGUACCUGGGCAAGGUCAGCUUCUCCCUGUAUCUUGUGCAUGGACCUGUACUGCACAGUCUAGGAUUCUGGAUCAUGCCCCGGCUGUUCGAUAGCUUUGGAAAGAUGGGCGGUUAUGCGAUCGGCUGGGUCAUUCUCAUGGCUGUCACGUUUUAUCUGACAAACUUGUGGAACAACAGGGUUGAUGUGUGGAGUGUGUCAGUUGGAAGGAGGGUUGAGAAGAGGCUCGCAGAGGACUGA